ACCCUUGUGUGAGAGAUGGGGAGACGUCGACCCGGCGGCGGGGGCCGCGGAGGAGGCCGAGGCAGAGGCCGAGGCCGAGGAGGGGAAGGCCGAGGCGGAGGAGAGGAGGAGGAUCUGCAGCUGCACAAGGCUGCGAGGUCGGGUGAUGCGGCGGCGGUGGAGUCGCUGUGCGAGUCCAAUCCUCUUGCCCUCAACUCCAGAGACCGCCUCUCCCGCACCCCACUCCAUCUGGCGGCAUGGUCUGGGCACAUUGAGGUUGUGAAAUGCCUUUGCAAGCACAAAGCUGAUGUCGGGGCUGCAGCAAUGGAUGACACCGCUGCGAUCCAUUUUGCUUCCCAGAAAGGUCAUGUAGAAGUGGUGCGUGAGCUGCUGGCUUCGGGUGCCUCUGUGAAAGCAAAGAACAGGAAGGGCCUCACCGCGUUGCACUUUGCUGCUCAGAGCUCCCACCUGGAGCUUGUGAAGUAUUUAGUAAAGAAGGGCGUGGAAAUCACAGCGAAGACGAACGGCGGACAGACAGCUCUACAUGUUGCAGAGAAUGAUGAUGUGCGUGCUUUCCUGAAAGAGUGUGAGCAGUCGUUGAAGAAGGGAACAGAACUACCAUCCGAGAAGAAGGAUGAGUCUGCAGCUGAGAAGUCCGACGAUGCCAAGGUCUCGGGUGACGCUAGCAAAGAUGGUGCUGAGGCAGGGCAUGGCGAGAAGAGGAAGAGCGGGGAGGAGAUUGGUGCUGGGUCGAGCACGCCGGAGGUGAAGAAGGCCAAAGUUUCACUUGGCCAUCUUGAGAACGACAUGGAAGAAGAGGAAGAGGCAGAAGAGUAGAAUCGAAUUGCCUUGAGAAUGUAAUCUGAUGGUGCCAACUUGUAUGUUUGGCAAAUGGAAUAUUGGCAACUGCAGAAGUUUUAGUUGUGCAUGAGCAUGGUAUCUGUAUGACUACCAUAGGCUUAUAGCUGGGUAGCAGUACUAUGAUUUUUGAUUCAAGUAGAUGACGAUGAUUUACUACUGAUAAAAAUAUGAUUUAGUACUGUACGUAAGUUUAUCA